CGGAAAGCCCGCAAUUUGCAAGUCCGACGACACACCGAACGCACAUUUCAGUUUCGCACCCUCAAACUGCGGCCCUCUUUUCUGUCGACGACAACCCAGAUCCCAAUCCCAUCCCUCACAACACCAGCCGUCCUUCGACCGACACCGACCGUUCGUUCGAAUAAACCACACAUAAAACCGCCAAAAUGGAGAACGAGAGAGGAGAGAUCGUCGAUCUCUACGUCCCGCGCAAGUGCAGCGCGACCAACCGCAUCAUCAAGGCCAAGGACCACGCCUCCGUCCAGAUCAGCAUUGGCAAAGUCGACGAGAACGGCCGGUACACGGGCGAGAACCACGUCUAUGCGCUCUGCGGAUUCGUGCGGUCGCGCGCCGAGAGCGACGACUCCCUCAACCGACUGGCGCAGAAGGAUGGGUUCUUGAAGAACGUCUGGAGCGCCCAGGCCACGAGAUAAACGCUUUCAUCCUCGCGAGAUAUUACACGAAUGGCCCCGGAAUACCGUGAGGAAACGAAGAUAGAUCCGAUUCUCGAAUAAAACAAAAAAGUUCAAUUGUGUCAACCGGUCAACCGAUCAAGUUGCUAGGCGGGCAAAAAGGAAAAUCAAACGUGGGGGUGUGGAAUCUUCGUGGUGUCGCCAGAGUGCAAGUGUGUGGGAGCUUGAGCUGGAAUGGAAUGGACUGGGCAUGGGCAAGAAGCGGAAGAACAUAUCCAGGAAACCGAACCGUCUGGCAAUGGCAUGAGGGCGCCGUGGGGGCUUUUGUGCGAUCAUCAACCAACACCACAAUUGCAAUCAGUGAUCAAUGGGUCUCCGAAUGGAUGCAUUCGAAAGGGGGUGUUGAUGCAGCUCAGCAUGACAUAUGCAGAUGAAUCAAUGCAAAAUCCCAAAAUUGACUUCCUA